UUAGGGUUCCUUCGUAUAUAUAAAAACUCACACACCAACUCAUCUUCACCGUGGCUCACCUAGGCGCGCUCUAACUUUUGAGUCCAGACCCAAACCAAAACCACCGUAUAACACAUGGAGCAAACCUUCAUCAUGAUCAAGCCUGAUGGGGUCCAGAGAGGCCUUGUUGGGGAGAUCAUUGGCAGAUUUGAGAAGAAGGGUUUCUCCCUCAAGGGUUUGAAGCUAAUCACUGUGGAGCGUGCUUUGGCUGAGAAGCAUUAUGCAGACCUGUCUGCAAAGCCAUUCUUCAAUGGACUUGUUGAAUAUAUUAUCUCCGGCCCUGUUGUUGCUAUGGUUUGGGAGGGUAAGAAUGUAGUAACCACUGGCCGCAAGAUUAUUGGAGCCACCAACCCUGGUGACUCUGCCCCUGGAACCAUCCGUGGUGACUAUGCAAUUGACAUUGGAAGAAAUGUUAUUCAUGGAAGUGAUUCAGUUGAGAGUGCAAGGAAGGAAAUUGCCCUUUGGUUCCCUGAAGGCCCUGUUAGCUGGGCAAGCAGCCUUCACCCCUGGGUCUACGAAUAGACUUUGAGCAUUUGAGCUCUUGUUUGCUCUAGUCAUUGCAUGUGUAAUUUUUCAUGUUUGCUCAUCAUUUGUGAAUUUGGUGAGUUCGGACUUCUAAUGUGUUCAGAACUUGCUAUAGCAUUGCUUUUGUUGAGAAAUCUGAGAGACGCUUAUUAAAUUUGCCAUUAUGUAUUUAUGCUAUUCGUUCAGUGUAGCAGCUUCGGUUGUUGCUAUGAUACUCCAUUUUUAUUUGUUUGAA